AUGAUAAGAAAUUCAAAUAAAAUUUUAAAAGUAAUAAAUGAAAAUUUUUUAAAUAAAAGGAAUAUAUUAAAAACCGAUGGUAUAAUUAUAAAUAGUGGAAAUAAUUUUAAAAACAUAUGUUUCUAUAGAGAUUAUUCAAUUAUGAAAAGAUAUGGUGUAAAUGUUAAUCCAAUACAACAUCAAAUUAAUAUAUUAGAGGAACAAGAUAAAAAGAUUAGAGAAGAAAGAGCACAACCAAUUAAAAGAAAACGUGUUGUUAGAAGUUAUAAUAUUACACCACCAGAUAUCACAGAACAAUCAAUGCAAUUGGAAACACCAAUACACAAUGAAAAUGCCAAGACAUUGAAUGUUGCAAUUAUUGGAGCACCCAAUGCAGGAAAGUCAACCUUGGUCAAUUCAAUAGUUGGUGAAAAGAUAUGUGCAGUAUCACCAACCGAACAUACCACAAGAGAUGCAGUAUUGGGUAUUUACUCAAAAGAUGAUACACAAAUUCUAUUUCACGACACACCUGGUAUAAUAAAGAAUUUCAAUAGGAUGGCACAUGUACGUGAAUUUGUAAAUUUAGCAUGGGGUGUAGUUAAAGAGGCUGACAUUGUUUUAUUGGUUGUUGAUGCCACUAAUAAUAAUUCAUCAGAUACAGAAUUCAUCGUUGGUAAAUUGGAAGAACAAAUGUUAAAUUUAAUUAAAAGAAUGAGAAUGGAACAAACCAAUGCCAAAGCGAAUGCUGCCACCGCCUCCAAUGAAGAAUUGGGCGCAAUAGUGAAUGAUAGUUUGGAUGAGAAGGAAUUCAUAUUGGUGGUAAAUAAAGUUGAUUUGGUUAAAAAGAAGGAAACUCUAGUUCAAAUGAUAUCUCAAUUAAAUGAAGGUAACAUUUUUACCGAUACAUUUAUAGUUUCCGCCACUUCAAAUAUUAGAGUGGAGGAUCUUACAAACUUUUUACUUACCAAGGCAAAACCUGGACAAUGGGAAUUCACUGAUAAAACAUCAACCAAUCAAAGUGAUUUCUUUAGAGCAGAGGAAAUAAUUAAAGAGAAACUUUAUUCAAAACUUAGAUAUGAAAUACCCUAUAGUGUGGUUCAAUCAACAAUUGGUUGGACAAAUUUUAAAAAUGGUGAUCUCAGAAUCGAUCAUGAUUUCAUCGUAACAAAAUCAUCUCAUAAAGCCUUUAUCCUUGGUAAAAAUGGGUCAAACAAUUAA